CGGAAGCGGCCUCAACAAGAGAAACUUUAUUGUUCCCGUUGGGGCGGCGAGGAUGUCGGUGAAUUACGCAGCGGGGCUGUCGCCUUACGCCGAUAAGGGCAAGUGCGGUCUUCCCGAGAUCUUCGACCCCCCAGAGGAGUUGGAGCGGAAGGUGUGGGACCUGGCACAACUGGUGUGGCAGUCCUCCAACGUGGUGUUCCACACUGGUGCCGGCAUCAGUACUGCCUCGGGCAUUCCGGACUUCAGGGGCCCUCAUGGCGUCUGGACCAUGGAGGAGCGGGGCCUGGCCCCCAAGUUCGACACCACAUUUGAGAGCGCCCAGCCCACGAAGACCCACAUGGCGCUGGUGCAGCUGGAGCGCGUGGGCCUCCUCCGCUUCCUGGUCAGCCAGAAUGUGGAUGGGCUGCACGUGCGCUCCGGCUUCCCCAGGGACAAGCUGGCAGAGCUCCACGGAAACAUGUUUGUAGAAGAAUGUGCCAAGUGUAAAACGCAGUAUGUCCGGGACACCGUCGUGGGCAGCAUGGGCCUCAAAGCCACUGGCCGGCUCUGCACAGUGGCCAAAGCAAGAGGGCUGAGGGCCUGCAGGGGGGAGCUGAGAGACACCAUCCUGGAUUGGGAAGACGCCCUGCCUGAUCGGGACCUUACUCUCGCAGAUGAGGCCAGCAGGAACGCAGACCUGUCAAUCACUUUGGGCACCUCCCUGCAAAUCCGGCCCAGCGGGAACCUGCCAUUGGCCACCAAGCGCAGAGGAGGCCGGCUGGUCAUCGUCAACCUUCAGCCCACCAAACACGACCGCCACGCAGACCUGCGCAUCCACGGCUAUGUAGACGAGGUCAUGACCCGGCUCAUGAAACACCUGGGCCUGGAGAUUCCUGCCUGGGAUGGCCCCCGCGUGCUGGAGAAGGCAUUGCCGCCUCUGCCCCGCCCGCCUGCCCCCAAGCUGGAGCCCAAGGAGGAGGCACCUGCCCAUCCCAGCAGCCCUGCGCCCGCCAGUCCCAAGCAGGAGCCCAAAGCCGAGCCUUGCACACAGCACAACGGGUCAGGGCCUACUAGCCCCAAAAGGGAGCAGCUGGACAGUCCUGUCCCCCACAGCCCCCCAAAAGGGUGAAGGCAGAGGUGAUUCCCAGCUGACCAGGGGACUCAGGGGAGGGUGGAACUUUUUUGUAGAAACCACGGUUUUGUUUUCUAACAAACACUUUGUUACUUGUUUCUCCCCUUUGAGGGGUACAAUUCAGUAUGCCGAGAGUGAGGUUCCAAGUCCUGGGGCAGUUUUGCCUUUGUGUCUCUCUUUGGCUUUAAGGGCUUCUGGUGGGUACCUGGGAAAGAGCACCCACUGCUCCCCACACCUUGGACCGUGACCUUGGAGCUGACACCCCAGGCACCUGCACUGCCCCAUGCCUCAGCCCCUGACUCAGGAUGCUCUGGGGAAAUAUGCCUUGCCGGGCCCUGGUUUCCAGACUAAUGGGGAUAUUACCCCCCUCUGCCCCUUGGGCUCUCACACUCCUCAACUCCUGCCUCCCCAAGACACUUCACAGCCCCUCAAGGAAGGGAAGGAGGCAGAAUCACUCUUUGGGGGACAAACUCAGGCUGGGACAGUAUGGAGGCCGCACUCACUGCCUUUGGGGCUGGAAGGAGAACUGGGUGGGCCCACCUGGCGUCCUCCAGACUUCCCAAAGUCUUCAAUGCAAUAAAAGAACUUGCAUAUGAGUCUGUGUUUAAUUUACACUACCUAGAUCCUGGGCCCUGAGGACAGGAAUGUGUGGCCAGCACAGUGGAAAUUUCUGUGCAACCCCCGCCUGUUGUGAAUGAGGGUGAUGCUGAAGCUGGAGGUCCUUGAGCCCUUAGUUUGUAAUUACAAACUUGUAUGUGUGAUUUUUUAAAAUAUUUGCCUUCCUCUAGUAGCCCGUGAGCUCCUCGAGGAGACU